UGAGAAGAUAUUCAAAAAGGCAAAAGGAGGACUGUAUGACAGAGAAGAGCAGGGGCAUGAGAACAUUAGCUAGGUCGCUGGGAAGACAUUUAGUUUCACAGUUUUAUUAUAUGAAUGAGGGGAAAAGUGAAUUCUAUCCAUUGACUUUUCAGUGCCAUAUAAAGCAUGGUCCAUAGCAGUUAGACUAGGAGAAGGUGAACAGGAUGGAAUCUGGUGAUAGGAAGAGAAGCUGGAAGUCAGAGGGGACAGUCAGAACUGGAAGGGUAAUGAGCAUCUGAGUAGGUGGCCCAGGGUUUAGGGAAGGAGCAGAUUUUUCUUUUUUCAGAUGUUGACUAAAGGGAAGUUUUGCCUGUUGGUAGGAGAAGGAAGUCAGAAUAGAGGUAUUGUGGGGUAGGUUUGUUUAGAAUAGAAAUCAAAGACUGACAUUUCUGAGAGAAAGAACAUCUGCAAGUGAGAUGCUGUUUCUGCAAAUUUCAUUGCUCCUGACUCUUCUCCCAUGUGGUGACAGUGAGAAUGACUUCCAGGAGCCAAUCACUUUCAAAAUCAUUCGGAUCUCAUCAUUUUAUAGCCAAUUCUUUACACAAAAUCUGGGCUCAGCUUGGUUGGAUGAGUUGCAGACUCAUGCUUGGGACAACAACUCUGACAGAGUCAUUUACCUGCGUCCUUGGUCCAAAGGCAACUUCAGUAAUGAGGAGUUGAUGGAUGUGGAAAACGUACUUCAUACAUUCUUCAUUAGACUUGGUCAGGUACUUCACAACCAUGCCAGCCAAUGGCAGCUUGAAUAUCCCUUUGAACUGCAGAUAGCAGGUGGCUGUGAGAUGCACAUCAGAGAUGCCUCAGUAGGCUUUGUGCGAAUCGGUUAUCAAGGAUCAGACUUCCUAAGCUUCCAGAAAAAUUUAUGGGUACCCUCUCCAGAGGGUGGAAUUAGCGCUCAGUUUGUCUGCACACUAUUCAAUUUGUACCGAGGCACACAGGAAAUAAUACACAAGCUGCUCAGUGACACCUGCCCACGUUUCCUCUUGAGUCUUCUUGAUGCAGGAAAGGUGUAUCUCCAGAGACAAGUACGACCAGAGGCCUGGCUGUCCCCGGGCCCCAGUCCUGGCCCUGGCCAACUGAUGCUGGUUUGUCACGUCUCUGGCUUCUACCCAAAGCCCAUUUGGGUGAUGUGGAUGCGGGGUGAGCAGGAGCAACAGGGCACUCAGAGAAGUGACGUCUUGCCUAACGCUGAUGGGACGUGGUAUCUUCAGGUUACCUUGGAUGUGAAAGCCAGUGAGGCAUCUGGCCUGAGUUGCCGGGUGAGGCACAGCAGUCUAGGAGGCCAGGACAUCAUCCUCUACUGGGAUCAUCACAGCUCCACUGGCUGGAUCAUCUUGGCAAUGAUUGUGCCCCUGGUCCUCCUGGCAGGUCUUGCAUUUUGGCUUAGGAAGAGCUGGACUUGCUGUAAACCUUCAAACACACUUCUCCCUUUGGAAAGAGAUCCCAGCAGCCCAGGAACCCAGGACGCAUCUAAAUAGAACUCGAUGAUGAUGGUCUUUCCACGCUCUUUGUACAACUUCUUUAGAUUCUGCUUUUUUCCUGCUGAAUGAUCAGUUGUUAAUACAAGCAAUAACAAGUGUAAUUUUGCAGGAUUUGUUGUUCUAACCUAGGUUUAAGACUUAAAAAUUCAUAAUUUAAAUUCUGAAUGGAAUACAGUCCUAGGAUCCUCCACGUACUCAAAUGUGAAUGGAUCAUUAGGCUUAUUUCAGAUGUCACUUCAUCCAAAGGGCCUUUCCUGAUUCACUAGUGAAAGCUGUCUCUGCCUCAUCUGAAUUCCCAGCAAAAUUUAACUCGACUUUGGUAAAUCUCCUCCUCACUUCAGAUCCUUUGUGGCCACUGUCUAGUUCUCUUUCCCCCUUCUAGUUUUUAAGCUCUUGAGAACAAAGUUCACAUGUUUUACUAUAUGCAUCCUUGGCAAAAUGUUUUACCUGUGUGUGAUAUGUUCUCCAUAAAAAUCUGUGUUAAAUUUAUUUCAAUUUUAUAGCCUUUUAAACUUCAAUUUCUUUCCUGCUAUCUUUGUAGUAGUUGAGACAUCUGAUGCUCUUCUGACUAAAGUCCUUCUCACUUGACCAAGAAAUUCAAAAUUUUCUAGUUCCUUAGUGAUUUCUCUGAGCUCCUGAGGAGAAACAGAGUUUUGCCUCUGACAAUUCUAAUUAUUUAACUCUACAGACCUAUUGGGAUGAAGUGUUGCUCCAAGUAUUCUAAACAGAAAGAGGAAGGCAGAAUAUAUACCCUUAUUUUCAGGGUGGUUCAUGGAUGAGAACCAGAAUUAUCAUCUUGGAAAUUGUUAUAAAUAUUGGGUCUUGGAUCUCUUCUUAGACAUCAUGAAUCAUAAUUUGCAUUUUAGCAAAAUCAGAAGGGGUUCAUAGUUGCCUUUAAAUUCCAGGAGCACUUACAUGAGUGAUGCCUGAGAAGUACUGGUGGGAGUAUUUCCCUGAAGAGAAAAGAAAAGUCAAGCAAAAAGAACAAGAGUAUUGAUCCUCAGGACUGAAGUGAGAUCAAGGCAAGGAGAUUACAUAAAACAUAUUCUUGUUUUUUAUGAUGUUGUGUUAAAUUUAUAGGAAAUGCUGAUUUAGUGAAAAUUGAGCCAUUGCUUCUAGGGCAAAUGCAGGGUUUGGUUCCAAUGAGCUUCUGGUCACAACAUUUUUCAUCAACUAAUAAAUACAUAGCUUUAUGUGUGAUUCUGCAAAUAUAUAUAUAUAUAUAUAUAUUUCAAAAUAAUCUAUUAAUUAUAUACAGUAUUUCUUAGUGAUAAAAUACCAGCCAAGUGUUUAAUCUUUUCUUGGUCUUGGGUAAUACUAUCAUAAAUUUCUUUGACUUUCAGCCAUACCACUGUGCUGUCCACUAUACUUUUAAAAACAACAAAAAAAAGGAAACAAAAAUCAGUCACACCUCAAGAAUCCACAAAUCUAGCUCUUUCCCCAUCUCUUAAGGAGCUUCAUCAUAACAUUGUAGAUGUUACUUUAACGCUUUCUGGAGUGGCUCCACUUACUAAUCAAUAAAUUUUCUUCAGUUUUCCUGGAUUUACUGCACUGUUGAUUCAUUAACACUGAACUCAUGGCUCACAAUCCUACAAUGUGCACUUGAACAAAACUUUAUCUACAUGCGUGUUUUCUUCAUAAGACAUGUCCCAACCUUUCUGUGCUUAGGAACACCAGACAACACUUUGACAUUUUGCCUUAGGACUAUUUUAAACAGCAACAUCACCAUCAAAGAGCACAGAUGCACAGGAAAUGUGGCCUAAGUAGAUGGUGGAAAGCAUAUGUUUACAGUUUUAGAACUGAAAUAAAAAUGCAGGGAGUCACCUUUCUCAUCUGGGAACUUGUGAGGCAGGUGGUAUUUCAUACCACUCUGCACACAUCCAUGAAUGACUGUGAAAGCAUUGUGAGUAUUUAUUUGAGCAUUAAAAAUAAAUUUUAGCAAACAGAUAAAUAAGCACAUGCAGAAUUGGUGAAUAGUGAAGAUAGACUCUUUAUGAUUAAUGAAUGAAAUUGGCAGUGUGAGUUGAGAUAUCCAUGGAGAGACUUCAGUUAUUUUAGGAUUCAUUGAUCAAUUCAACAAAUAAUUAUUAAGCACUUAUCUUGCAUCAGGAACAAAUUGAGCAUAAAGUAGUAGGGGAGAGAAAGAUCACCACUGUGUUCUGAGCUGAAAAUUUUUGCCUUGCUAGUUUGUAUGUCUUUUUGGGAAAAAUAUCUGUUUAGGUCUUCUUCCUAUUUUUUUUGUAAAUUGGAUUGUUUACUUUAAUGAUACUGAGUUGUAUGAAAUGUUUAUGUAUUCUGAUUAACCCCUCACUGGGUCAUGUCAUUUGCAAAUAAGUGCUCCCAUUUAGGGUAGGUUGUCUAUUCAUUUUGUCCAUGGUUUCCUGUUCUGUGCAAAAACUUUUGUUUAAUUCGGUCCUGUCUGUUUAUUUUUCCUUUAGUUUCCAUUGUCUUAGGAAACAAAGGAAAUAUUGCUGCAGUUUAUGUCAAAGAGUGUUCAGCCUGUUUUUUUCUAGGAGUUUUAUAGGUUUUGGUCUCAUAUUUAGGUCUUAUUCCAUUUUAUUUUUGUGUAAGAUGUGAGACAAUAUUCUAAUUCCAUUUUAUUUACAUUUAUCUAGCUUUCCAAGUACCACUUAUUAUAGAGGCUGCCUUUUCCUUAUUGUAUAUUCUUGCUUCCUUUGUAGUAGAUUAAUUGACCGUGGGUUUAAUUCUGGGGUCUCUAUUCUGUGCCAUUGAUCUUUGUGUCUCUUUUUGUGUCAAUAUCAUAUUGUUUUGAUUACCAUAGCUUUGUAAUGUAUUCUGAAGUCAAGAGGGCUUCUAUGGCCACUCAGACAGUAAAGAAUCUGCCUGCAAUGUAGGAGACCGGGGUUCAAUCCCUGGGUUGGGAAGAUCUCCUGGAGAAGGAAAUGGCAACCCACUCCAGUAUUCUUGCCUAGAGAAUCCCAAGGACAGAGGAGCCUGGCAGGCUACAUACAGCCCACAUGGUUGCAAAGAGCUGGACACAACUGAGUGACUGAUACUUUCACUUUCACUUCACUGAAAUCAAGGAGCAUAAAUACUUCCAGCUCUUUGUCAAGACUGUUUAGGCUAUUUGAGGUCUUUUGUGCUGCAAUUCAUGGGGUCGCAGAGAUGGACAUGACUGAGCGACUGAACUGAACUGAACUGACUGAUGUUUUCAUAUUUGAAAUUAUUUGUUCUAGUUUCAUGAAAAAAUGCCAUUGAUACUUUAUAGAGAUUGCAUUGAAAUUGUGCAGUGCCUUGGAUAGUGUGAUCAUUUUACCAAUAUUAAUUCUUCCAAGCAAUAAACAUGGUAUAUUUUCCUA